AUGCCAUCAACAGAUUAUGGCACCCAAUAUCGCAUGCCAACAGCCUCGUUAACAUACAAUAAGACGUCCAUUCCUUCUAUCUUCUCCGGACUCGUCGAAGAUAACGGCAUCAUCUCCAUCGAGGCAGAGCACUAUACCAGCUUUAUGCCAGCUUCCGACCUCAACUACACAACUCUUCUUGGAUAUUACCGCACGCUCUCCGCAACCACUGUCUCGGAUCCAGUUGCCCCCAUCCCCUACUACCUCGACGGUCUUAACACAACCCCACCCCGCCCGCGCGCCUAUGUAGUACAGAUUGACGACUUCGAUCCGCAGCGACGCGUUUACAUCACCGAUCAGCCUGCUGAAGCCCGAAUCAAGUACCCACUCAAGGAUCACUUCUUCGGCAUAGAUCUCAUCCUCGACACUAUCCGCAACGCGAAGAAUCACCGUCAUCUAGAGGGUACAUGGCAUCGAUACGAAAAGUUUGGCAAUACAUUCACAUCCCGCCUCAUCAACUGCCAUACUGUCUUCACUAUCGACCCUGAGAACAUCAAGACGAUUCUAGCAACCAAGUUCGAAGACUUCAAGCUGUCCACAAUCCGCGUCGAUGCUAUGGUCCCAAUUUUCGGUCACGGUAUCUUCACCACGGACGGAAAAGCCCGGCAACACUCUCGUGCUCUCCUCCGUCCCACUUUCGCCAAGGAGAGCAUCUCGAAUUUUGAUACGGCAGAGUGCCACUUCCAGCAUCUCCUUCUCUGCAUCCCAAAAAAUGGCGCCACAGUCGACCUGCAAGAGCUCUUCUUCCGCUACACUAUGGACACCGCAACCGAGUUUCUCUUUGGUCACUCUGUCCACAGCCAGACUCGGGCACGUGAGUCAAUCGCCGCAAAUGCAGAAGCCCCUGACGCAGAGUUCGUGACGCAUUACGCUUAUACGCAGCUUGAAGCGAGUCACAACGUCCGCUUGGGCCCUCUAAACAAGUUCCACUACAAUGCCAAAGCGAAUCUCGCGCGGGAUAAAGUCUUUGCGUACGUUGACGGGCUCAUCGAUGCGCUGUUCGAGAAGCGCGCUGCUACUCUGACACUCCCCCAGAAAGAGGAAAUGGUUGAUAAUGACACCGGGACCAAGGAAAAGUACAUCUUCCUCGACGCUCUCGCGAAUGAGACAUCUGAUCGCCAGGUCCUCCGUGAUCAAAUCCUCAACUUCCUUCUCGCGGGCCGCGACACGACCGCCAGCCUCCUGAGCAACCUUUUCUUCGAACUAGCACGCCGACCAGACGUAUGGGCGAAGCUGCGCGAAAAAGUCAAGGCCCUGGAAGGCAGGCUUCCUACCUACACUGACCUGCGGAACAUGAAAUACCUCAAAUGGUGCAUCGACGAGUCCCUCCGCCUCCGCCCCGUCGUCCCCGCCAACACCCGCGAAGCCAUCCGCGACACUUUCCUCCCGCGCGGCGGCGGCGCAGACGGCAAUGCGCCCCUCUUCGUCAAGAAAGGCACGCAGGUGCUCUACAGCGUCUACAGCAUGCACCGCCGCCGCGAUUUCUUCGGGGACAACUCUGAGGAAUUCCGGCCGGAGCGGUGGGAGGGGUUGCAGCCGCGAUGGGAGUAUUUGCCGUUUAAUGGUGGCCCGCGUAUCUGUCUCGGGCAGCAGUUCGCGCUGACGGAGGCGUCGUUCGUGGUCGUGCGGUUGCUGCAGGAGUUUGCGGGCAUUGAGGCGAGGGAUGAGGAGCCGUGGAUGGAGCUGUAUACGCUGGUUGUUUGCUCGAAGAACGGGGUGCAGGUGGGAUUGGCGAGGGCGGAGAGGGAGUAA